CCAGACUGUGAGUCUGAACUCCACAUCACGACUCAUACAGCUGCGGAACACCGAGAGGCGAAGAUUUAUCAAGAUUGUCGGGGGAAAAAAAACAACCGUAGCGCGACGACCAUAGACUUUUAAGGACUUAACACUAUUUCGAGUACAUAUACGUUUCCUUUUUGGCACUUUAAAUUGUUUUUUUCUCUCCACUUGACCGCCGUCUCGCUGAAAAUUGAGAUGAGGACUUUGUGGUUGUUGUUCCUGGUCGGGCUGGCCGUCAGUGAAAAAAUGCUGGUCUCUUCCCAGUCAUUUAUGGGAGAUGACAUUUAUAUCGAGGGUCAAACAUCAGGUGAACUCCCAAUAGAUGAUGAAGACGGGGAUGGCUCAGGCUCAGGAUCCGGAGACUACGACAAAGAGGAGGAGACGAUAAACAUCACAGAGUUUGUCAACGUGGUCAAGAGCAACGACAUGCUCCCAACUCAAUCCGCGGCAGACCCAACAACCAAGGCGAUGGACACUGAGACGACAGCGUUCACCGAGGACCCUAAAAUCAAGGAGGUUCCAGUUAAGGACCCAGUAGCUGACUCGUUCACACUUCCUCCCAAUCUGAGCACCACCUCUGAGGCCGUUAGCACCAAAGAAGCAGACGAGGACAACAGCCUGGAUAGGUGGGACGACUCCAAAACCAAAGUCAAAGACACCGAAGAUAAAGUCACAAACACAAUUCUGACAAACGAGGUUGACGAUGGUCACGGCAGCAGGCUAUUUUACCCUCCUGAUGAUGUGACAUCUGAGAGCAUGUGGGAGAGGACGGAGGUGCUGGCAGCGGUGAUAGCUUGCGUGGUGGUCGGAUUGCUCUGCGCCGUCUUUCUGCUGGUCCUCCUCGCCUACCGCAUGAAGAAGAAGGACGAAGGCAGUUACGAUCUCGGCGACACCAAACUGUCCACAACAGCUUAUCAGAAAGCGCCUACCAAGGAGUUUUACGCCUGAACUGACCAGUAGAGACUCAAAAUGGAUACCAUCACCUGCCAGUUUGGACUGUGAACGGCUCAUCCUUUUUUUUUUUUUUUUCCGCAUCUUCAACAGCAUCAGCAACCCUCUCUCUUCUCUCUUUAGACAUCUUCGUCUUUAUAGUCAAUGCACAAUUCUCAGGAUGGGUGAAAUCUAUUAAUCAUGUCGUUGUAAUCGUUAAAAAAGGAUUUUGGGCAUCAAUCAGAAAGAGAGGCUCCCGGGAUCACAGCCAUCACACUGUGCCUUACUUAAUAAACCCACACUGCCUCCCUACAAUGGACUUGCCGCUGCAGCUGAUUGGUCUCAGCUCGGUCGAAAACGGUAAUGAGGAAGAAGUUGGCUGAAACCAAAGAGUAGGACAGCUUUGAAUGCUGUUAUGAAAUGGUACCACAUAUGCAAAGUAUUCCAAAGGUUAAUCAAUGUGUCCCUUUUAUUUUUAUUCAAGGUCAGAUUUCAUGUGUUGUUACAUUUCAUUUAGCGCUUUUUUUUUUUUUUGCUUUGACUGUAAGAACUUUUUUUAUUCGCUGUUGUGACAAGUGAAUAUCUUAUUCCAUAUUAUGUCCAGUAUUGGUACGUGAAAUGUGGUUGUCCUGCAGGUACUCCCCUCCCCCCUUUAUGAAUUUAUGAAUUUUACAUUGUAACAGAUCAAUAUAAUGUUCUUAUGUUGCCUUUGGAAAUUGUAGCUUAUUUGCGAUUAUUAUUAUUAAGUUUUUUGUAAUUUCUUUUGAGAGUUUGAGUUCCAAAAGCCAUUUAAAGAAAAUAAUUCCAGUCCAUACAUUGUAUUCCCACCGUCUUUGCACACACAUCUAGUGAAAUUGUCAAUAUUUACAAGACUAUCUUAUGUGAUGACUGAGUGCAGCAAGCGAGGCCAUCCCACAUUCCUUUGUGACUGCCAACUGUAUGCAGCUAUAAUAACAGGUUUGGCUGCUGUUCCGCAGUCCCCAGAGUCCUGGCCUUUCUGCACAAUAAGGUGUUUCAGUCAAACACAGGCGACGGAAAAACGACAGCUUGGUCUUCAGCUGUAGCGUUCCCAUUUUUAAUGCAGUUAUUUGUAGUUACUCUGUUAUAUAUCUCAGCAUUUAAUCUGGUGCUAAGCGUAUGUCAUAGCAUUUUCAUGCCUUGUUUGCUUUGUGGACGCAGGGAAGGUUAUUUCGGAGCAGCUCUUUUUUUUGUUUGUUUUCAAAAGUGGACUCAUAGUUGGACCGCUCGGGAAAAAAAAGUGAUUUGUUUUUCAAGAUCAUGAGAUUAUUGCGCUUGGCCGCUAAAAUAUUGUUUCUUUAAUUCCCAAGUAGAACGCAAUCAUCUGUUUUACGGUUGUUUAAUUUCACACACCAUGUAUUUUUAGACACUUUUGUUUCAUUUAAAACCUCGAUUUUUUUUUUAAUUGCAAAUUUAAUAGCUUCCACCUUUUGUUAGUGACAUGGCAUGUUUACAAAUUUUCCGUUACCAUGCAUUUCCAGAUAAUGUGUGGAAAUCUGGUAAACUACCUACAUUUCAUGGCUGGAAUAAACAGAAUGUUAUGAACAUUAA